CUAGAGAGGAUAGAUUAUUAUUUUUUCACUCACUCUUGAACGCUUAAAUCCUAAACCCGCCGGAUUGAAGUAGGCCACUUGAACAGUGAAACUGCUGAGAAAUCUGAAAAUCUCUGCUUCUUCUCCUUUAUCGCGAUGUACAGAGCUUCUUUCUGCAUUGCUUCAUCCAUCAGGUCAUCUGCUCCGAGGAAACAGCUUUGUAGUAGGGUUCUCCCUAGCAGAAAUUAUGCUGCCAGGGAUAUCGGUUUUGGAAAUUGGGCUCGAAUGGCCAUGUUACAAGGUGUUAAUGAGCUUGCAGAAGCUGUGAAGGUUACAAUGGGACCUAGGGGCCGUCAUGUGAUCAUUGAGAGAAGUAGGGGAAACCCCAAGGUGACAAAGGAUGGUGUCACUGUAGCCAAAAGUAUUACAUUUAAGGAAAAGGCUAAGAAUGUUGGUGCAGAACUUGUGAAGCAGGUUGCUAAUGCCACUAAUUCUACUGCUGGAGAUGGUACUACUUGUGCUACUGUGCUGACUCAGGCGAUAUACUCUGAAGGUUGUAAAGCGGUGGCUGCUGGUGUGAAUGUGAUGGACUUGCGCAGGAGCAUUAAUAUGGCUGUUGAUGCUGUUAUUGCUGACUUGAAGAGCAGAGUAGUUAUGAUUAGCACACCUGAAGAGAUUACACAGAUAGCAACUAUAUCUGCAAAUGGUGAGAGGGAAAUUGGAGAAUUAAUAGCAAGGGCAAUGGAGAAAGUAGGCAAGGAUGGAGUCAUUACUGUUGCUGAUGGAAAUACCAUGGAUAACGAAUUGGAAGUGGUGGAAGGCAUGAAGCUAGCCCGUGGUUAUAUAUCCCCCUAUUUUGUUACAGAUGCAAAGACUCAGAAAUGUGAACUGGAAAAUCCCUUUAUCCUUAUGUACGAGAAAAAGAUAACUGACCUGUACUCAGUUAUGAAAAUACUGGAGAAGGCUGUAGAGAAAAAAAGACCAUUGCUAGUUGUUGCCGAAGAUCUUAGCAGUGAUGUUUUAACAAUGUUUAUUCUCAACAAGCAUCAAGCUGGGGUUAAGGUCUGUGCCAUCAAAUCUCCUGGUUUUGGGGAUAAUAGAAAAGCCAACCUGGAGGACCUUGCAGUACUUACUGGGGGGCUGGUCUUUAGUGAAGAGCGUGGUUUAACUCUUGACGAUGUUCCACUUGAUUUGCUUGGAACUGCAAAAAAGGUCACAGUCUCUGUUGAUGACACUUUGGUAUUACACGGAGGUGGCAACAAGAAGCUAAUUGAAGAAAGGUGUGAGCAGCUACGAACUGUCAUGAAUAAGAGUAGUUCGAUGUUUGAUAAGGAGAAAGCGCGGGAGCGGUUGUCAAAGCUAUCUGGUGGUGUUGCUAUAUUCAAGGUUGGUGGGGUGAGUGAGGUUGAAGUUGGGGAAAGGAAAGACAGGGUUACAGAUGCUUUAAAUGCAACAAAGGCUGCUGUGGAAGAGGGAAUUGUUCCAGGUGGGGGCGCUGCGCUGUUACAUGCGACAAGAGUUCUGAAAGACCUUGAGACUGCAAAUGAAAGUCAAAGAAUAGGAGUUCAGAUAAUUGAAAAUGCUCUUAAGGCACCUGCUUUCACAAUUGCUUCAAAUGCUGGCGUCGAUGGUUCGUUGGUUAUUGGCAAGCUGUUGGAGCAAGAUAACCUUAAUUUCGGCUAUGAUGCAGCCAAAGGUUUGUGCCGAAGGGUCGGUGUGGAUGGAGGGGUUUAUCGAUACGUGGACAUGGUGUGCGCUGGAAUUAUGGAUCCUCUCAAAGUGGUUCGAACAGCUUUGAUGGAUGCUGCUAGUGUGUCUCUACUAUUGACAACAACCGAGGCAGCUAUCGUAAACUGUUAAGAGAAGAGAAAGCCUCGUGCAAAUCGGAUGCCGAAUAUCGGUUAUUGAGUUACUAAUAUUGUUCAUUUAUGUAUUUUUUUUGGGUAGAACUUGUGUCAUUGAGGAGCUGGGGAAGUGGAAGCUGUACAUCACCCAUGCUAGAUCCCAACUUCACUUCUAGUGGCCUUUAGUUUAUAGGACACUCACUUUUGGGACUUGUUAUUAACGGCACACUUAACCUAACAAUAUCUUUUAAAGCUAGUUUGAGCAGUUUGGGGUGCUUUGAUUUGGUUGGGUUUAUAAGCAAACAGUGAUACCCCGAGUAGGGAUUUGUCUACUCUAUGCAACCCCGAGUACUAUUUAAAAGUUUGGGAUGCAUGCGAGUGCAACAUGGGUAAAAUUGUAUUUUCAUACAUCUAAAAUAUUCAAAAAAAGUAUAACACUGAAAUGAUUUUAUGACUAAAAGGUUUGUCCACCAGAGUUGUAACCCUUAAGUCUUAAUUUUUAACUAGCACUUUAUUAAUUCUUUCUAGUUUUUUCAUGUUUAAUCUACUUUCUGUCAACUUAUGCAAUUUCUUUUGAUUCCUAGUUUCUUUAAACAUUGAAAAAAAAUAUUUGCAUGCUUAUACUAUUAUUACUAUUAUUAUUAUUAUUAUUAUAAUUAUUAUUGUAUUAUUAUUAAUAAACUUUUCCCCUGGCUUGAAUGGUAGUAAGUCUAUAUUUCCCAGGAUUUAUGAGAAAGUUCACUCAUGUUCAUGUCCCAACGGAGUCAGAAGCAUUGGCUCUUUGUGCGUCAUUAGGUUGAGAAUAUUAU